CACCUACCUAUCAAACAAAAUAAAACGGCUGAUCAAAUAUUUUCCAACAAUAAUUUUAUUGUUAUCACUAUUAUUUUUGUUAAUAUCGUUGGCGAAGGGAUAAGCAGCUGUUGCUUCGUUUACUGUUUCUUGGUUUAUAAUAAUCUACACAACUCAUUAUUCCGCUUGAUACCUUACUGAUAAUGAAACGACCUUGAUUGGAAGCCGCUUUUACCCUUUUAUUUAGUGUUUACACUGUAGUAUCAAGUGUGAUAAUAAUUUAUUUAUUUAGAUCUAGACCAGACCCAGGAAGUAGAAAGAAGAUUAUUAUUAAGGUUCUCAAGAAGUUAAGUAGAAGAUUGAAGUCAAAAUAUUUAACACCAGAUCCAUCAAUGAACAUGAAUGUCCUAUGGAGUCCAAUUGACCUAUGAUACCAACCUCAUCUCAGAAUAGGCACUUAGGGAUAAAAUGGAUGACUUACCUGAUGAUUCCAAAUCCAUUGUAGAAAUAAGCGAAGGCCUCAUAUGUGGGUAUAUAGACAAACAAAAUGAGGGUACCUUUCAUAAAUUUAAGAAUAUUCCUUACGCAAAGCCCCCACUUGGGAAUCUUCGAUUUAUGCCUCCAAUUCCUCCAAAACCCUGGGCAAAUGUAUGCGAUUGCACAGCUGAUGCACCUCCCCCUCUAUGUAUGGAUGUGGGGAAUACAAUUAUUGGAUCUGAAGACUGCCUCUACAUUGAAGUACACACACCAAAUCUAAAGCCUGAUAAAUUAAUGCCUGUCAUGUUUUGGAUCGGGAGCUACAAUUAUUUAUUUUAUAUUGAUCAUCUCUGUGAUCCAACUCUCAUUAUAAACCAAGACAUUGUUUUUGUUCGAUGUGGCUCCAGACUGGGACCAUUUGGCUUUUUAUCAAUCAACGACAUCUCAGCACCUGGAAAUGUUGGUUUAAAAGAUAUAGUCAUGGCUCUCAAAUGGGUUCAAAGGAAUAUAACAAUAUUUGGAGGAGAUCCUGCGAAUGUUACGCUUUUCGGGAGUGGUACAGGCGGUUCCACGGUGCAUUUCAUGAUGCUGUCCCCCAUGGCCACGGGGCUGUUUCACAAGGCUGUUAUGCAAAGUUCCUCCGCACUUAACAGGUGGGCCCUGGCGAAAAAUCCAUCGCAAGCGGUUUUAGAAUUGGCUAAGGAACUAAGUAUAAAUAAAACCAAUAAGUACGAUAUAGUCGAGGAAUUAAGAUUGAUACCAGCGUUCGAGAUAAUGAAAGCGUACGUACGAUUAUCUGUGUGCGCAUACGAAUGCGACGAAGGCGACACGUUUGAUGCAAUGUUCAAGCCCUGCGUCGAGGAAGAGUUCGAGGGCCAGCCGGUAUUUCUCAACAAGAGUCCUGCUGUGCUCAUUAAAGCAGGAAAUUUUAAUAAAGUGCCAAUUAUAAUCGGUAGCAAUAAUAUCGAAGCUUCCGUAUUGCAAUAUAUGAAGGAGGAUUUUUAUGCCGAUUUCGAAAAGUUCAAUAAAGACGUAUCGCUACUCGUCCCAAAGUCACUCGCGUUGGACGAGUGUUUCUCGAAAAAAAUUGGGAAGCAACUGUUGAAUUUUUAUUUUAGAGGUACAGAAACCCUUAACGAGCACACGCGGACCCAAUAUUUGCAAUUGUUGAGUGACUAUUACUUCCUAUACUACGUUAACAAGACAGUUACAUUUCAUAGUCAAUAUGCUCCAGACCACCCUGUCUAUUACUACAUCGUGAAUUACGCCGGCGAAUGGAGUGUUCCCAAACUACUCGACUUCUUCAAUUCGAUCGGACACUCUGCGGAAGUGUCGUUCCUAUUCCGUAUAAAGCCACCAGAUUUGCCACACUGUAAAGGAAGUCGCGAUUCUGUAACCACCAGAAAUCGAGUCAUCAAAAUGUGGACAAACUUUGCUAAAUAUGGAAACCCAACGCCAGACGAAAAUGAUCCACUGCUACAAAUAACAUGGGACCCUAUACACGACGAAAAAACAUUAAAUUACCUAAGCAUAGGUUCAGAACUUACUAAAGGAAGAAAUCCCUUCUAUGAGAGAAUGAUGUUUUGGGAAAAAUUACACGAAGAACAUUUAUUCCUUAGAACUUUAGUGUAUUUCAACGAUAUAGGAGUGCAAUGGUAGAUUAAGCUAGACCAAAAUUAACUACAGGAGUUAAUAUCAAAAUUUUGACAAACUGAUAAAAUAUACGGGUAAAAAUAUAGCUACAAUUCAAAUGCUCUUUAUACGGUAUAUUUUUUUGGCACAAUACUUUAUAUAUUGCACUAGCUGAUCCGCCCGGCUUGGCUCGGGUGAAAUUAGAUAUAAUAACUACGUUUAUAUAUAUUUGCCAUUUAAUAUAAAUGCGAAAGUGUGUUUGUUUGUUUCUCCUAUAAUCACGCCACAACG